UGUAUCUUGCUGGUCCUCGAUUCUUCACUGUCGCAUUGCAACAACAACUCCUCCCUAGGCCGCUUUCACCAGGACAUCCCGCUACACCCUAUCUCAAUACUACUUGUUUACCCUCAGCUUUCACACUCACGUCCGCCGCGCGCCGUCACCAAACGGCCAUAAGCCCUGUGCUCGCCCAGCUCCUUCACCAUGGCGUCUGUGUCGUCGCUGGACCAGGACAUGAGGAAAUUGCGCAUGUCGCGGUAUACUCCACAGGCAGCGAAUGAAGCGCGGAGCUGGAUAGAGGACAUGCUGGGAGAGCGGUUGCCGCCCGGUGAUCUGCUCGAUGCUUUGAAAGAUGGGACCGUGUUAUGCAGACUCAUAAAUCUUGCUGUACCGAACCCAGGCGUCAAGUUUAAGAAGUCGCCUAUGCCUUUUAUUCAAAUGGAAAACAUCUCGCACUUCCUCCGCGCCUGCGAAGCGCCGCCGCUGAACAUGCCUUCGCACGACCGAUUUCUCACCGUCGACCUGUACGAAUCUAAAGAUCCCGCGCAGGUCCUCCAGUGCCUGAGCGCUUUUAGUCGAGUCGCCAACUCCGUUAACCCUUCCCAAUUCCCUCGGACAAUCGGACCCAAGCGAGGCGGGAACCCAAUGAGCCCAACCACCACAGGAGCAGGGGCCUAUUCAAAUGGCGGCGCCCUCACAUCUCCUGGUUUCGGGCGCAACAGGGGUCCCAGCACGAACAGUAACACUAGCGGCUCAACUACUUUCAAUCCCCUUUCACGACCCCCUGCCGAGAGGGCGCUCAGUCCUGCGCUCACUGGAGGGUCAAACUCUUCGAGGACUUCUAAUGGUAUUCCCAAGUCGCCUCCGGGUGGCGUAAGUAGUUGGAGUAACAAGGCUGACCAAGGCGUCACAGCGCCCGCAUGGAACAUUCAUCAGUAUGGAUACAUGGGCGGCGCUAGCCAAGGCAACCAAGGCAUUUCAUUCGGCGGUCGACGACAGAUUACCAGUGCGGGUCCUCACGUGCCUAAUCUGGCUGAGAAGGAGAGAAAGCGGAGGGAAAGGGAGGCCGAGGAAGAGCGUCUGCGUGUGCUUGCAGAAGAGGCUGAGCAUAAACGUCGCAUCGAUCGAGAGGCUGAGGAAGAACGGGCACGUCUUGAGGAAGAACGAAGAUGGGAGGAGGAGAGCCGCAAGCAGCGUGAAGCAGAGCAACGGCGAUUAGAGAAGCAGAAGCGAGAAUGGGAAGAGCAGGAGAGGCAAUGGAAGCUGGAGGAGGAGCAGAGGCAGAGGGAAGAGAGAGAGGCUCAAGAGAGAAUCGAUAAGGAGACUCGCCGGAAGCGGGCCGGAAGCGACGCCAGGCUGAGAGGGCAAAUGCUCAGUCAAUACCAAGCUGAGCAACCUACCAAGCCGCGAAGCCGCCGGAACAGCCAGGUUGACCCCGAAUAUAAUGCUGAGCGUGAGCGGGUUCGGGAAUUGGAGCGCCAGCUCGAAGAGGCCAAAGAGCGUGAGCGGCAGUACCAGCUUGAGCGCGAAGACCGACUUCGGGACGAUGAGCGUCGCAAAAUGCGCUCGAGGUCAAAGAGUCGUACCCGAGACCGCUCUCGAAGCCGUCCUCGACCUCCACCCCGCUCUCCUUCCCCACAGGACAGCUCGGCGUCCUGGGCUGGCGCCGAUGAGCGCGAAUAUCUCCGUCAGCAAUGGCACGAUAGCAGGAAACAACCCGCACGCCCUUUGCCGGAACCGACCGCCGUACAACCGCCAUCUUUGCCCACGCGCCCGCUCCCUGAGCCCUCCGCACGACCCCUCCCAGAUCCUGCGAACUAUGCAAAGACCAACCGCACUGACCGCUUCCUUGCUUCAAACCCUGCACCGGUGGCCUCCAAACCAACAAGCUAUAUUCCACCAGAACUUACAUCAACGUCAGAGCGUGCUGCGGAGGACGCUCGUCGCGCAGCAUCACAAACCAAGACGAAGCAAGGCGGGUGGGCUGGAAAGUCUCUACUUGAGCGGGAAAUGGAGCGUGAACGAGACCGUCAACGUGAAUGGGAGGAGGCGCAACGAGCUCUUCAGAGUGCACCGAAGGACCCGAAUGCAGGAACGAGAGAGGGACAGAGCUGGGACGUCAACCAGUAUGGCUAUAUGGGUGGGGAUAACCAGAACAAGGUGGGCACAGGGAUUGGUUUUGGGGGCAAGAGACAGAUUCUCGGGCCUAGACCUUUUGGACCGAGAUGAUUAUCUUCAUGAGCGCAAUGAGAUAUUUGGGGCUCGGAAUGAUUGAGUAAAAGCGAUGAUCAAAUAAGCGUUCCGAGCACUAUUUUUGGUUGAGCAUUUUUGGAGUUCUGGAGCUCAUUUGGACAGGUGGUUUUAUAGAUACCGCUUGAAGAUGCCGUUGAGUCUCUCUUUUGAGACGUGAGGGUUCUCGCUGCAGAUAGUUAUUCUGCUUAUUAUAG